GUCUGAAAACCUGCAUAGCGUAGCAAUGAAGAACAGAAAAGGAAAAGAGAGAAAGAAGAAAGGGAGUGAUAAGGACAAGUUGGGCUGCUGGAGAGGCUGUUAACUAUUUAUGUUGCUGUGACCCGACGAUGUUUUUGAUUCUCUCCGGCUUGGACCUUGCUCCACGCUAGUGGGUGCAAGAUGCGAGGACAGCAAAAACUAAAUAUGGACUACGCAUUUUUGCCCGCAUUUUUUGUUUAAAUGAGUGACUUCAUUUUUUUUGCUUUCUUUAUUUACCUCCACCACAACAACCGGAUCAUAGUUGAGACGCCAGUAUUUGGAUCUCCUGACAUUAUAGCAACUGCAGAACCCGGAAAAGAAAUACUGCUUCUGAUUUAAUCACUCUCCACCGCAUAUCGCCAUUAUGGCGACAGAGACCAUGACUGCGCUGCCGGCCAAGCAGCUGCACAAACCCCAGAAGACGGCAAAGCUGCCCCCCGAAAACGAACGAUAUAUGAGAGCGUGUUCUGACAUUGCAAACGCGCUUAUCCAAGAAUAUGAAUCCCAGCGAGACUCCACGAAACCCAAGAAGGAUGUCAACCUGAAUAAGCUGCGGGGUCAGAUAUCGAAGAAGCAUCGACUGAGUACCCAGCCUCCACUGACAGCCAUUAUCUCUGCUGUCCCAGAGCAUUAUAAGAAAUACAUUCUCCCAAAGUUGAUUGCCAAACCGAUAAGAACAUCGUCCGGAAUCGCCGUCGUGGCCGUAAUGUGCAAGCCACAUCGAUGUCCUCAUAUCGCCUAUACCGGAAACAUCUGCGUCUACUGCCCUGGUGGCCCUGACUCCGAUUUUGAAUAUUCUACGCAAUCCUAUACCGGAUAUGAACCAACGUCUAUGCGUGCUAUUAGAGCUCGAUAUGACCCCUUCGAGCAAGCGCGGGGUAGAGUCGAACAAAUCAAAUCACUAGGACACAGUGUGGAUAAAGUGGAAUACAUCAUCAUGGGGGGGACUUUUAUGUCGCUUCCGGAGGAUUAUAGGGAUGGGUUUAUAUCACAACUACACAAUGCGCUUAGCGGCUACCAGACCAAAAAUGUAGACGAGGCCGUCCAGGCUGGGGAAAUGAGUAAUAUAAAAUGUGUCGGAAUCACCAUCGAGACACGGCCAGACUACUGUCUCGAUACGCACCUGAGUAGCAUGCUCCGAUAUGGCUGCACACGGCUCGAGAUCGGCGUACAGAGUCUUUACGAAGACGUCGCCCGUGACACCAACAGAGGCCACACCGUGAAAGCCGUAGCCGAAACAUUCAGGCUUUCUAAAGAUGCCGGCUUCAAGGUCGUUAGCCACAUGAUGCCUGACCUCCCUAAUGUCGGCAUGGAGCGCGACCUCGACCAGUUCCGCGAAUACUUCGAGAACCCAGAUUUCCGAACUGACGGGUUGAAGAUCUAUCCCACACUCGUAAUCCGCGGUACAGGUUUGUACGAACUCUGGCGCACAGGCCGCUACAAGAACUAUACACCAAACGCGCUCAUCGACAUCGUUGCCCGUAUCCUAGCCCUCGUCCCGCCCUGGACCAGAAUCUACCGCGUUCAGCGUGACAUUCCCAUGCCCCUCGUCACCGCGGGCGUGGAAAACGGCAAUCUGCGCGAACUCGCGCUGAGCCGCAUGAAAGAUUUUGGAACAACAUGUCGCGACGUGCGCACGCGCGAGGUGGGCAUCAACGAGGUGAAGAACAAAAUCCGCCCGUCGCAGGUUGAGCUUGUGCGGCGCGAUUACACGGCUAAUGGCGGGUGGGAAACGUUCUUGGCAUACGAGGACCCCAAGCAGGAUAUCCUCAUUGGCCUUUUGCGGCUGCGCAAGUGUAGUAAGACGCAUACCUUCCGGCCGGAGCUAACGGGCCAGCAGACCAGCCUUGUGCGUGAGUUGCAUGUGUAUGGUUCCGCAGUGCCGCUUCAUGGUCGGGACCCACGCAAGUUCCAGCAUAGGGGGUUCGGCACGCUGUUGAUGGAGGAGGCGGAAAAGAUUGCUAGGGAGGAGCAUGGGAGUAGGAAGAUUAGUGUUAUUUCCGGUGUUGGUGUUCGGAGUUAUUAUGCCAGACUUGGAUAUUGGCUUGAUGGGCCGUAUAUGAGCAAGAUGCUGGAUCCAGUGAAGCGGGAUGGUUUCGACGAGGAGUGCUAAAAUGGAGGGAUGAAAAAAAAAGGGGAAAAAAAAAAACGAAGACUACCGGUUUGCAAUGUUCAAGAGUCGUUGUUUUUCUCUUAUCUACCCUCCUCGUAUGUAUUCGAGUUUCUUUGCACCUUAACAUUUCAGGACAUUUCAUGACGGCGUUUUCCCUAGUCUGAAGGCUCCUUAGCAACGGUUGGUACUGGUUAUCGAAUUGGCGUUUAAGGAAAUUAAAAGGGACAGUGAUGCAGCUUACGCCUUCUUCCUAUAAACUUGGAUUCAUUCUAUUGCAUCUCAUUAUUCUCAUAAGGUAUACAUGCUAGGGCAGUGGACGAUGAAUGGGCCAACAUAUCAAAGGACACGUUUAUCCCCUUUCAGCAGCUGGCCAAGCAAACCUGGAAACAAUCCGCAAUAAAUAAACAACAGUAUAUGUGAUAUGAGAAAAGUCUGAGUGCCACUGAUAGAUACAGAUGCAAAUUCCCAAAUGAAGAGUAUUUCUAUUCUGAAAUCGGACAGUGAGACCAGAGUGGUGAGGAGUCGCGAAGGGAGCAAUUAAAUAGCCACAAAACCGACUUUGAAGUUCUAUUGCAAGUACACAUUUACUCCAUGAUGAUUAAUACACCAAAAAUCAAGCAACAGUAAAGAUUUACAACAUACACAAAACGCCGUUCACAAUGGAAAAUAAGAAAACAAGGCCCACAUGGAUAGAAGCGGAGAUACGGUGAUAGGGUUAGUUGAUCGGACAUAUAUAACGUGGGUGCCCGGUAGCCAGAGGCCAUAGACCGUAGACACUACCCUGCUUCCGGG